AUGGCUGCAAUGCUAGAAUUCCGAACCCAAGGGUACAAUCCCUACGCUGUCAAGUAUUCCCCGUACUACGACUCGCGAAUUGCCGUUGCGACUUCUGCCAACUUUGGCAUUGUGGGCAAUGGCCGGGUAUUUGCGCUCGCUCUGACGGCGCAGGGCGUACAAGUUGAGAAAACUUUCGAUACAAACGAUGCUCUGUACGACUUGGCUUGGUCCGAGAUCAACGAGAACCAGUUGAUUGUUGCAUGUGGCGAUGGGUCGUUGAAACUGUUUGACUUGGGAAUUGACGAUUUUCCGGUUAUGAACUUUCACGAGCAUAAGCGAGAAACCUUCUCUGUCUGUUGGAACCCUAUAACCAAGGAUACAUUCAUAUCGAGUUCAUGGGACGGCACAGUCAAGAUUUGGUCACCGACGCGAAAUCACUCGAUAAAGACGCUGCCCAUCGGAAAUUGUACCUACAGCACAUCGUUCUGCCCCUCCAACCCCGCCUUGAUAUCCGCCGUCUCCUCCGACUCCCACCUCCGAAUCUUUGACCUCCGAACGCCUUCUUCGGCAAAGUACCACCUCACGGCGACGAUACCGGUCCACGCUUCUGGACCGCAACCGUCACCCGGAGCUUCUGCGCCUGCCGAGAUUCUUACCCACGAUUGGAAUAAGUACCGGGACACGGUGAUAGCCACAGGUGGUGUAGACAGAGUUCUGCGCACCUUUGACAUACGGAACCCUAACGGAGGUCCGUUGUCUAUCAUGCAAGGCCAUGAAUAUGCUGUGCGGCGCCUAUCGUGGAGUCCCCAUUCGAGCGACACUCUUAUAAGUGCCAGUUACGACAUGACAGUUCGGUUAUGGAAUGACGGUUCGAAUCAGCAGCAAGCCCCGGCAAUGGGACCGGCAAUAGGAAGUCAGAUGGGAAUCAUGAAUCGACAUACGGAGUUUGUCACGGGAGUAGACUGGUGUCUUUUUGGUAUGGGGGGUUGGGUGGCUUCUGUGGGCUGGGACGAGAGAGUGUUAUUGUGGGACGCCAAUAUGCUGAUGGGCCAACGAAUACCAUGA